AUGGCUCCGCCAACACAUGGUGGGCAUAGGGUGAAUUGUGUUGAAGGGGCCGAAUCUGAAGAUUUGGUUGUCAGAGUGGAUGAGAUUCAGACUUCUCUGCUUGUAGUGAAGGGCCAUUUGCUAGAUGGUGGUGUUCACCCGGGCUGUGAUGAGUGUUGUAUGGGCUGUGCAGAGUCUGAUAAUGGUUGUAUGCAGUUGCGGGCCGGUAUUAAGAGGUUGGUAGAUGAGGGCUGUGUCCAGUUUGGCCGGACUGAUAAUGGAGAUCGUGGGGCAGUGUCUACUGUCACGAUAUUUUUCAAACUGUCUGAGGGACGUGGGCCGAGGACUGUGGGUAGUGCGCCUACAAUAAGUGGUAAUCCAGUUACCAUCUUUGCACCAGUUUCUGCCAAUAAUCCAACAAUGAUUGUCGCUCCGGUCAGAAGGGCUGAGAAUAGUAAGGUUGUGCCUUGGAGGUACGACAACGCCUACAGAAGCAACAAAAGGGCUGAGAAUCGGGUCAGGCCGACUAAUCAAGCUCCGGUAACAAUUGUUGCACCUAGUAAAACUCCCAUGGUUGUGAGUCCCGUCGUGGACAAUGUUGGUGGACCGGGAGGGUUUACUAGGAGUGGACGGUUGUUUGCGCCUCAACCGUUGAGGGAUGCCAAUACUGAGGCAUCUGCUAGAGCAAAGGGAAAACAGGCCGUGGUUGAUGAGGAGCCCGCUCAAACGAAUGUGCCUGAUGAUCUAAGGAAAGAAGGAGUAGAUAUCUCAGACUUCAACAUAAGCCAGCUGCCAAAUGAGCCUCCAAACUUCAUGAAGCGUCCACGAGGACCCUCUGAAAAGGCGAAGCAAGCUAAGAAGGCAAGACUAGGAGAAUCCUCCGGAUCAAGACAUCCAGCACCUCUUCUUGGACCUUCUGGUAAGUCUGUUUCUCUUGCUCCUUCUGUACAAACACAUCACAUUGCUUCUUCUAUCCCCCAACCCACUCCUAUCUAUACAAGCUCAGAAACUCCUCCCUCAACCACCAGAACAUCUCACCAACCAUCCCAGAAAUUUAACCUUGCCACCACAACCUUACCUAUUUGUGAUGCAGAAAUGCUGAACGAAACCAUUUCACCAUCUUCAUCUUCUUCUCCAAAAUCACCCCCUUACUACAACAUUUCCACAGAUACAGAACACUCUGACCCUCCCUCUCCAACUCUGCCCCAGCUCCAAACUCGUGCUCUAGCAUCACAACAGCCACCACAACCCACACCUGAACCAGAAGUCAUUUCAUCACCCACAGAACAACCAAACCCUACAACAUCUGACCCUCAACCUUCUAAAACAACUCACGCUGAAACUCAACCAAACAACUCUGACACACACCCACCAAACACAUCCGCUGAACCACAAACUCCCACACUUAACCUAAGCCAUCCCACUUCUCCACCCCUAUCCUCUGAACCUGAAAACACCAUGCCAACCCUUGAGGAAGCAAUAAUGCUGUUUGUAGGAGCUUCAGUUGACAAGGUCAAAGACGCUGAGCUAAGACUCCAGGAGCGUCUAGCUAGAGAAGCUAAGGAGCGAGCCCACAAGGAAGCAGAAGAGAAAGCCAGGCAAGAAGAAAUACAAAGAAUCAAGGAAGUUGAAGCCAAAGCUCUAGCUGAGGCUGUUGCUGCUAAAGCUGAAGCCAAACCUGCCAAUGAAGCUAAAGCUCGUCUUGCUGAAGAAUCUGCCAACAGGGUAGAACCGGAUGCUCUGACUCAGGGGGAGUCCUCCACCUUUGCACCUCUGGUUCUCAAAACACUUGAAGAUCUUCAGAAAGAGCAGAAAGAAGUCUGA